CACAUGCGUAGUAUUCAGUUGAUGCUCGACGACGGACAUUUUGCAGCACUUCACGCAGCCAGAUUAUUUUGCUAUAGAGACGCGACGAGAGGAGGCACACCGCGACGUACAGAUGAAACGAAGAGGAAAUACAAAUGUUUAAUGGACUGUUGUAGUUAUUGUUUAUGUAAUAUAUAAAGUGUGUGGCGACAGCCUCUGAUCUAACGGCUCAAAGAUGUCUGAAGAAAGCGCGAGGGCGGACGCCUGUCGCGAGUAUCAGUCCUCGCUCGAAGAUCUGACUUUCAACAGCAAACCGCACAUCAACAUGCUCACCAUUCUAGCAGAAGAGAACAUCCAGUUCACCAAGGAUAUCGUCGCAAUAAUUGAAGCACAAAUUGCCAAGGCACCUGCUGUUGAGAGGCUCCCAGUUUUGUACUUAGUGGAUUCCAUAGUGAAGAAUGUUGGAGGCCAAUACCUUGAAGUGUUUGCUAAGAACCUAGUCAAUUCCUUUAUUUGUGUAUUUGAGAAGGUGGAUGAGGUCACUAGAAAAAGUCUGUUCAAAUUGCGGUCCACAUGGGAUGAUAUUUUCCCUUUGAAGAAGCUGUAUGCACUAGAUGUGCGUGUGAACUCUCUAGAUCCUGCCUGGCCUAUUAAACCAUUGCCCCCAAAUGUGAGCAGCAACGCCAGCAUUCAUGUCAACCCAUUAUUUUUACAACCGGCUGAAGAAGUUUCUCCAAAGAGCUUGACACAAGAACAAGUCAUAAGGCAACAGUUACUUGCCAAGCAAAAGCAGUUGUUAGAACUUCAGCAAAAGAAGAUAGAGCUUGAACUUGAGCAAACAAAGGCUCAGUUGGCUGCGAGUCCUGUUGUUGCAGCAAGCCACCAUAUCCCUACCCCAGUCCGUGUUGGUCCAUCACCACUGAGCACUCCAAAAGUUUCUGCACCACAGACCAAACCUUGGCUUCCAGCACCAUCAGAGAAGUUGUUAACCAGAGAUCCUCGAAUAAACAGAACUAGUACAACAACUACAAAUACAAAGGAACAAGUAAUACAAAAAAAGGAGAGUCAGGUUACACCAAGUUUUCCGAGUACAGCUGAAAAAAGAGGACAAAUGUUAACUGAAAAACAGAAAUUUGACCGGUUGAGGAUUCCUAAAAAAGACAACUCCGCUGUUGAGGAAAAGGCUAAAUCAAAGUCUGUGUCACCAGCUGGAAAAGGUCUCCUUUUCAGAUCCAAGGAAAUUGAGUCUCAAAAGGAUGUUCAAGUUAAUAAAAAGGACCCAAGGCUACAUAAGCAGGUACAUGACAAGACCGAUUUAAAAGAGGAAGAUGUCAGAGAGAAGAAAAGAAGUUCAGAGAAGAAGGAUAGGGAUGAGGCUCUCAAAAGCAUGGAUCAUCAGAAAUCUAGCAGCGCCAGGAGCAAACUUCUAAACGGCUCUUUAAAUAAACAAGAAAAACUAGAGACUUUUAUGAAAAAAGAAAUUAAAGUCAACAAAGACAAUUUUAGGAAAAGGUCUCGGUCAAGAUCUCGUUCACCACCGUCGCAUUCUCCCAAAAGAAAAGAGAGGCGGUCAUCUCCAAAGAGAAAAACAAGGAGUAUAACACCACCCUCCAAGUCAGUGAAAUCUAGGGCGCUAAGCAAAGAGUCGUUUUUGCAAACAUUAAGAGAUGAACGGAGUACCUCAAAGAAAAGCGUCCCCGAAUCGAGGAGAUCAAAAAGGCCUCUUGAGGAUAGAUCUGCUGAUCAUAAAGAAAGCGCGCAGCAGAGAAUCUCUCCCGCUGAUCACAAAGACACGAAAGACAGCAAGAGGUGGAGGAGUGGGUGGGAGGAACAUAAACAUCCCAAACAGUCGGAGCAGGAUCUUUCACAUGCAAGACUAGGCCCUCAGAGACACAAAACAUGGAACACUAAUCAAAGACCAACCACACCUCGUACACCUAAACCACAUAGGUUAAGUGUUGAUGCCAACAUACAAAUACCAGCAGCACUCAAUUCUGCAAGUAAACGAGAUCUUUUAAGAAAGGUAAGCCAAAGACGUGCUAAUGGAGAGAUCUCAGAUGAGGAAUUCCUCAGGGUAGCACAUCAAAUAAAGCAGCUUUUUCAGUAUCAAGAGGAAAUACAGCGCUCCGACUCCUGGGAUGACUCGUGUGAUGAAGCCGUGUAUUCAUCAAAACCGAAAUCACAAGGAUCCAUAUCUGAUGCCGAACUUUCUUAUCUUGAACAUAAAUUGAAGCUUAGAAAAACACAGCUACAUCGUCCAGUGCUAAAAGGGGAUCAGAUGCAUAGAAACCUCCGCUAUCAGCAACAUCUUCAUGAACUGAGUGAACAAUACAGUGAGGGCCCAGAUGUGCAUAAAAAACCUAAUGAUACCAUGAAGACAGUCUUGGACCACGAGGAUCCCAGAAGAACUGAUAGGGCUCUGUCGAACACAAGCUCUACUUUCAGAAAUUUACCAAGUCCAGUCAACUUGGACAGGACAUUUGAGCGUGCACCCUCGCCUGCUGAAUUAGAACUGGAUCAGCCUGGAGACAUCAGCCCACGUUUUGAAAGUCCUAACAGUGUGCACUCUGGCACAGGCCCAGAUGAUGAUCCAAUUAAUUUAGAAGGUCUUCCUGGGCAUGAUGCCUUUAUGGAACCGGGAAGAAAUGCACAAAACCUUGAUGACUCACCUGGGCAUACACCAACACACUCAAAUGAAGGUCCGACUGCCAAAGGGAUUAUGCCACGACACGAAGGACCAAAUAUUCCUCAACGAUUUGAUAGAUUUCAGAGUUCUCAAGCUUCCUAUGAUGGGGCACCAGGCCACAUCCGAGAGCCUAGAUUAGAUGGCCCGCCAAGAUUAGAUGGACCGCCAAGAUUAGAUGGCCCACCAAGACCUUUUCCUCCUGCUCGAUAUGAAGCCAAUACAGGUGGAUUUGAUGGGUCAGGUGGUCAUGGACCUGUUAGGUUUUCUGGACCUCGGUAUGAUGCCCCUCAUUUACGGUUUGAAAGACCACCUUUUCCCAAACAUCAUGAAAGACCUAUGAGAUUUAAUAAUCCACCAGUACCUCAUCGGCCAAUGAGGUUUGGAGAGCCUCGAAAUAUGGUGAGAUUUGGUGAGCCUCAAGCCCCGGUUCGUUUUGAUCAUCCGAUGCAUCAAAACCGAUACGUUACGCCUCCAAGGUUCGAUAAUCCUCACAUGCCACAAGGUCCACAAGGAUACGAUGAACCAAGGUUCCAAGGAAGACCAAUGAAUUUCGAUGAUCAACAAGGUGGUGUUAGAUUUGAAAAUCCGUCAGGUGGAAUGCAAUUUGAAAACCCAAUGCAGCCAGAAUCUAUAAGAUUUGAUCCACCACCAGUCAUGCCCAGAUUUGACCCACAAGCCCCCCCAAGAUACUGCGGUCCAAAUAUUCCAAACCAACUGAGACCACAGGAGCAGACACUGUAUGAUCAAUCUCAAGGGCAAGGUCCUGUAAUAAACCCUGCUGUACCUCCACCCAACUUUAGCGUUCCACCCAUGAACACUUUUGUUGGCCCACCACAACAAUUCCCAAUGCAGCCAAAUGUUUCACAAGCAUCAACCUUCAGUGUGCCAAGUGCUCCGUCAUCAGAAUUCCAAAAUUCGUUUAGACCUCCAUUCCCUGGCCAAGUUGUCGGAAAUGUUCCUCAGCCAAUGAUGGGCGCUCCUAAUCAGCCCUACAUGCCACCAAACCAACUUCCUUUCCAGCCUGCUUCCCAGUUUCCACAGCCUGAGCAAUUUAGGCAAAUAGAUGUGAAUGAUUUGUUAACAAAACUUCUAUCCACUGGAAUUAUAAAACCAACGCAAACAACAAAUACCGACUCCACCUCAGCAAGUCCAUUUUCAUGUGUGGCGGACGAAGAGGAAGAGGAGGAACAAGAGGAUGACGACGAUGUCCCAGAUAUGACCGGCUUUGUUUUGGAUGAAAUGAAACAGAGACAUGACAGUGUCGUCACCAAACUGUAUACUGGAAUCCAGUGCUAUUCCUGUGGCAUGCGUUUUACUUCGUCUCAGACUGACAUCUAUGCAGAUCAUUUGGACUGGCACUACAGACAGAACCGUUCAGAGAAGGAUAUCAGUAAGAAAGUUACACAUCGGCGGUGGUACUACAGCUUGACGGACUGGAUUGAAUUUGAAGAAAUUGCCGAUCUUGAGGAAAGGGCAAAGAGUCAGUUCUUUGAAAAAGUUCAUGAAGAGGUUGUCCAGAAAACUCAGGAAGCAGCCAAAGAGAGAGAGUUUCAAAGCGUUAAAGCUGCUGCUGAUGUUGUCGAUGAGUUAUGUGAGAUCUGCCAGGAACAGUUUGAGAUGUACUGGGAGGAGGAAGAGGAGGAGUGGCACCUGAAGAAUGCUAUCAGAGUUGAUGAAAAGACUUAUCAUCCAGCAUGCUACGAAGACUACAAAAAUACAUCCUCCUUUGUGGACUGCACACCCUCACCCAAUAAAAUGCUUACAGAAAACCCUUUAACAACUUUCAUGAAGCAGGAGCAGGUUAGCGAUGAGACUUCAUGCUCCAGUAUUAAAGAAGAACCCUCUGAGGAUGGUACGGAUCCACCAAUGGUAAAAGAGGAAGUUCAGGUUAAAUUAGAAGAAGAAUCACAAACCAGUGCAAUUUGCUAACUACGCUGCUCGUAAGCCACAUCUCGUGGUCUUUUGUGUUUUUGUAAAGAAUGAUAUUUUUA